GAUCGGAGUUACUAGCUUGAGGGGAGGCAGUUCAACACCCCAGUCAUAAUAUAACGAAUCUUUCCGUGAUUUGAUCUCGCUGUAUCUUCGUUCAUCGAAAAUUAUAAACACUGAAGAAAUAUUGAACUGACAGUGUACAUCUGGCUUAAAUGGGAAACCUCUCGGAACGUCAGAAAUGAGGAUGGACAGUUCCGGAAAGUGAGGAAAACGAAAUGUUUACGCCAAGAGUACGAUUGUGUCAGAAGGCGGCUGAAUGGUGGUGCACGUAUAUCCUGCUACUGGCCUUCAAUUGUUUUAUUAUUGUGAGUUGCUUUCUAUAAUGCGAACCAUUGUUGACACUUGCAAUUAAACGGGGGUGUUGAACUGCCUCCCCUCAAGCUAGUGACUCUCGAUCAGCGUUCCCCUACUACCUCUGCUUUGAAAGCUGCCCACGCAUGUGUAUGGGCAGUUCUAUGUAGUGUUCGAUACUAACAGGUGAAAAUAUAUGGAGGGGAUAUACGGUUUACUAUUGGCGGUAGGCAGCAUUCUCUAUCGAGAUGAACUUGACACAGUCGUAUACGAUAACACGAUAGACGGAGGCAUUGCAUCUAUUUUGAAUGGCCUAAGCGGUUUGGGCGUGAUAAUUGCUGUACUGGUGAUACUAUUGGCAUUCCAAUGCACUGUGAGGUCCGAUUGGUUCUGUUUACGUCUGUAUGGUGCCUUCUUAGCUCUCCUUGCAGUACUUCUGAUUGGAUUCGCUGUGUCGGCCUUCGCAUAUCGUACAAGCUUGGUUGAAAAAUUCGAUCAAGCCCUGAAUAAGAGUAUGGUUGCUUACGUUAGCCCUGCCCACCACCCCGUACGACCAAAAAGCAGCUAUUACAUAGAUAAGGCGCAAUCAUAUUUGGGAUGCUGUGGUAACACGGGUUAUACCGACUGGUUGAGCAUUCCUAAGGAUAUCCCAUUAUCUUGUUGCAAAGAUGUGAACAAAACCUGUGACACUAAAGACAUGAAUGAAAUUAAUACUCAGGGAUGCUUCACAGGAAUCGUGUAUCUCAUAAAUGGCACACUAUUCGCUUUCCUGGGUUUUACAUUCAUCCCGUUCGUGGGCAGCUUCUUGGCGUGUCGUUUUUCAACUAUGAAUGAGCCUCAUAUAAUGGCAGCUAAUUGAACAAACAUAAUUCCAUCAAACUUGUCAGUAUUAUUUGUUAAUUAAUCAAUUAAGCAACAGGAUUUAGGUAAGUGAACAGAACUCACUGUGCAAACGCAAUUAUAUUUUUUAUAUUUUCAUACGAUUUCUUAUAAGACGGUUUAUUUAAUUGGUUUAUCAUUGUUGUAUUAAGAUAUAUUUGAAAGGUAAUUAUGCAGGGUGAUCGUCACGACUGGAACGAGUUAUAUCUAAUAUCUGAUGUGCAAUAUGUAAUGUGCAAUAUGCAAUAUGUUAUAUCUAAUACUUAAUAAUAAUAUCAAAUACUCCAAGAGUAGUAAGAGAUACAAAAAAGUUG